AUGCGGAUCUACGGCCAACGCCCCGUCGGAUGGAGAAUCAACACCCUCAUCUGCGCCAUCCUGGUGUGGUUGAUGACGGUGCUGCUGUGGGUGCUCCUCCUGACGUCCUUCUCCAAGAACCACGACCUCUCGGACAUGCCGCCCUUCUACGCCGCCGACUGUCACGACACACGCAGGGUCAUGGUUGUUGUCCGCCUCCUCGUCGGCGCCCUCUCGACGCUGGUCAUCGUGUCAUCGUACAUCUUUAUGCAGCUGUUGGUCAGCCCGACACGGGAAGACGUGGACAGGGCCCACGCCCAGCGCAGGUGGAUGGACAUCGGCUGCAUGUCCGUCAAAAACCUGCGCUUCAUCUCCAACGGGCGGAGGGUCCUGUUCGUCCUCUUCGGGCUGAUAUGGAUCCCUUUUCACCUGCUGGCCCCGGCUUCCGUCGCCGAGACGGCGCGGACGACGCCGUGGGUGACGGUCCUUGCGACGGAGUCCUUCCUGUCAGGGGGGAAGUACCACCUGCCCGGCCUCGGAUUGGGAGCGUACCUGCAAGACACGCCUGGUUUCUAUUCAAACGACCUCAACAUGUCUGUUCCGGAAGCGGUGGAGUACAUUGCUGCCCACGCGACCGGGUGGGAGCGUCUCAGCGGCAGGGAAUGCUUGCAGAAGUACGAAUAUUGGGUCAACGUCGAUAAGAGACGGCACGUGGUGGCCGUCAUGUCUACGGAUGAUUGGGACGGCGAAUUCCUUGACAGCCUCUCCAGUGUCUGGUACGCCGGCAUCUGUGGCUUUGAGGCAAACAAGCAGGAUCUGCCGUGCGGCGGUCUCACCCUCGGCCUGAACGUAACCUCAGAUAGCGUUAACGGGACGUACGAGGGUGUCUCCAUCGUCUCGGACAACAGGCCGAGAGUGCCCACCAGAGGAGCAUCGAGCAAGGCCGAGAUCGACGGGAUGGUGGACGAGCACGACAACUGGAUCAUCCCAUGGCACGCAAAGGACAACCUCCACAACACCCCGGUGCUGAGGAAGAACCUGACCGUCAAGUACUGCCUCUCGGAGCCGUUCCCGACUCACUGCAAAGCCCGCGUCAGCAACACGCUGUUCCUCGCCAUCUGCCUCCUCGCCGUCGCCGUGAGCACCUUGUGCGCGGUUGCCUUGCGUAUUCUCUGGGGCCAGGACCGCCUGGUUGCCGUCGGCGACGCCGUGGACUCCUUUAUACGACGCCCGGAUAUGACGACGAGGGACAUGUGCACGCUGGGCUGGCGCGACUUCUCUUCGACCACCAUCGAGCGACUGCAGAAGCCGAAGAUGGAGGGCUGGGUCCACAGCCAACGACAAUACGUACGGCGACGAGGACGCUGGGGAGAUUCCGUUCACGUCUCUGACUGGGUGAAGUUGCUGUUGCCCGGUGGCGUGGGCUUCAUCAUCUGUCUUUUGUCCUUGAUUUCCUUCGUUGAGGCAGGGGGCGGAUGGCAGAAGGCGCUUUCUGCGAGCAUUUUCGGGCAGAAUUCCAGCAACCCCAUCCUCAUGAUGAAGUAUCCGUCCGAGAGUUUGCGUGCCUUCAUGGUCAUGCUGGCUUCCAGGCCUAUCGGGGCCUCGUUGGUCGCCACCAUGCCACAGCUUCUCCUGGCCAUCCUGCCCCUGAUCUUGCACCACACGUACACGCGCAUGUUCAUCGCCAGGACAUGGUCUUCCUACGCCACGAGAUUCAAGACAUUGCGUGUCAACGAGCGCAGGGGUCAGCAGAGAGAAAAUCAUUUCUUCGAAAUUCCCUCCAAGUAUUUCCUCAGCUUUGUAACCAUCGGGACGUUGACCCGCUGGCUGUGCUCGAAUGCAAUCUACGUCAUACAUGUCGAGUCAUUCCAUGCCGACCCGUCGACCGUUGAACCGUACCAUCCGUACGUCAACGUCUUCGUCUCUCUCAAGGCGGCGCUGGGGACCAUUAUCACGCUCUUCUUCAUCCUCGUGACUCCCAUCUUCAUGGCGCUCAUUCCUCUGCCUGGCGAGUCUGUUCUGGUCGGAAGCUGCUCGGCGGCCAUAUCGGCAAGUUGUCAUGUCAUCGAGCCGGAACAUCUGCAACGAAGGACACCAGGUGAGAAACAGCCGGAGCUUGUCCAUCUGAAAUCAGAUACAUCCAUGGCCAAAGAAUAUGAAAAAGUCAAGGUGUCUUCAGUCGAUGGCGAUUAUGAGAGUAGGCCCGAAUAUGAUUGGAGAGCUGAGCUGGCGGAGGGGAGGAUUCGAUGGGGUGUUUUGCGGGAAGCGCGGUCAGCAACAGACCGUGGAGGUAAUUUGGAGGGUUUGGCCCAGGUCCUUUCGUUCGGAUCGGAGGAGACGUAUCUUGGGAGUCCCAGAGAGGAUGAGUUUUAUGGCGGCACGAGACUUUGA